CUCUCUCUCUCUCUCUCUCUCUCUCUCUCUCUCGCUGUGGAAAGUCGUCGGAGUCUCUCAAGACGCAGCAGUCUUUUUAACUAUAGCCUUUUGCUCUUGUUCAGACACAAAUAAGCUUCUAUUUUCUAAGUGAAUGGUGCUACAGCUGAUAAAAUCUGGAACUCAAAGAUGGAGAAAAGCACGAGCAACGAUCAGCCCAUGAGACCCGAGCGCAAAACCGUGGAGAAAAACCGAAGGAUCCGCAUGAAAAUCCUCUGCUCCAAGCUUGCUUCCCUCAUUCCUCAACACCAUAUCACCACUUCUAAGGAAUUGUUGUCGCAGCAAGAUCAGCUGGAUCAAGCUGCAUCAUACAUAAAGCAGUUAAAAGAAAAUAUUGAUGGGUUGAAACUGAGAAAAGAACAAGCAGUACUGCAGUCCGAAGGAAUGGACACAAGCUGCUCUUUGACUUCAUCAGAUGAUCAGGAGAAUAAACUAGGGUUUGUGCUCCCGGUGUUUGAACUAAGAGACCAUGGAUUAGGUUUGGAAGUGAUCUUGAUCAGUGGGAGGAGGAGGAAUUUCAUGCUAUAUGAAGUGAUCAGCAUUCUCGAGGAAGAAGGAGCUGAGGUUGUCAGUGCCAGCUUUUCUGUUAUUGGCGACAAGAUCUUUCACACGCUCCAUGCUCAGGUGAGACUAUGCAGAGUUGGAGUAGAGACCGCAAGGGUAUACAAGAGAUUGAAAGAAUUGAUCCACCGAUUCUCUCUCUAGAGAUCGAUCUUCUAAUGUAGCAACAACAAAACGUACGAGAAAAGACAUGAAUUUUUGCUCGAAAAAUGGUAAUCAGCCGAUGCAGAUUGGAGAUAGAACGAAUUCAUAGUUGAUGUAUGUUUUUAUGUCUAUUGCAAAACUAAAAUAGCCACAACUAGUGGGUUAUAUAGUUACUAGUAGCAAAUACAGAAGAAGUUAUCUUAGUAACGUAAAAGGCCUAUAGAGAGUGAUAUGUGUAAAGGGCUUACUUACGGUUAUUACGUGCCGUGUUUGUCUACCCAUACAUAUGUAUGUAUGUAUAUACCAGUUUUGAAGCAAUCUUGGAUCUCUAAACUAUCC